AUGAGCGAAAAGGAAAGUGUUAUAUUGAACCCGAAGUCCGUGACUGCUGGGCAGUUCGAAUUUACUUCGAUUCGGCUUCCCACAAGCGAAGGUCAAUAUGUCUCUCCCUAUGCUAAAGAGCAUGUAGUUUUGCAAUCCAUCGAACUUCAAGCAGAAAGAGGUUCGAUUCCUUUACUCGCCAGAUGUGAAGACUCCCAUCUUGAAGACAUUCGUCUGGAAGAGGCUCCCUAUUCCUCAUCUUCUGAGGUUCGCGAUCAAUUCCUCGCCCAACUUGACGAGAUUACCACUACUAAUAUGCCACAAAUUGAGAGAAUUACUCCUCCCAAGUCUCUCGCUGAACUAAGUCAAUUUCGAAAGAUAGGUCAAACUCAAAAAGAAUCGCCCGAACCUCGUACGGUUGAGAUUUCAGAUGACACGACUCUCCAAUUGUUGGAUACAAUAACGAGUCUUCCUUCAGACUUUAAGCAUGAUUUGCUAAACUAUCUGAAGGUUGUGGAGGAAAAAUAUAGCGAAUUAGAGCAGAAGGAAGCUCAGCUGCGCCAGCCAAACUAG